CUCGCUGAGCUCUGCAGCUAGCAUGAUGCUAACGUGUUGAGUCACUGUGAUUCGCCGGGAAUUUAACGGGAAUCUGGUCCGAACCGAACUGCGGUUCUCCUGUUGUUUCUGUCUGACCAAAACAAACCGAUUCGGUCCACCUGACUCUAUCACAUGAGGCUGUUCCAAUUUGUUAGACGCCAAUUGCAGGUCACCUGCUUCUGGUUUCGGUUCUGGCUUGGUUUCCGCUGGUCAGUUGAGCUCCACCUGAUUAAACACGUGUUUCUCAGUAGAAAUGCUUAUAUGAAGAUGUUAAUGAGCGCAGAACCUCUCGGCCUCCGUAGUUUCCUCUGAGGAAAAUCAUAACAUGUAUAAAGGGAAUCAAUUUGUUUACAUAUUUAAUCAAUAAUUGGGUCUUGAACCAUCCAUGUGGUUACUGGAUCGGCCCUGCUAGACUGUGGUCCAGUUCAGGAUAACCAGUUCCUACCUGGGUCUGUUACCAUGGUACCCUCAUUGUAGCAGCUUCCUGGACAGUGACGUAGCAGCUGAUUCUGGCUGAUGCAUGAACAGAGAGGUGGUGAUGGCAGAACGGCGGGCUGAGUGUACUUGGAAGAGACACAUCUCAGAGCAGCUGAAGCUCAGAGACCGAGUUCAGAGACAGACCUUCGAGGAGAUCGUCCACCAAUACCAUCGUCUCUUGGAGAAGUCCGACCUACAGACCGUCCUCACUGAAAGAUAUCAGACGGACAAAUAUGAUGUCCAGAGGGGACACGAGGCCAGCUCCCUGGACUCAUCCCGCAGUGACUCCCUGCAGCAGGAGAUGGCUCAGAUGAGGAUUCGCCAUCAGGAGGAGCUGACCGAGCUGCACAAGAAACGAGGAGAGCUUGCUCAGACUGUGAUCGAACUCAACAACCAAAUCCAGCAGAAGGAUCGAGAGAUCCAGAACAACGAGGCCAGGAUGUUGGAGUAUCAGCAGCAGAUCGGCAGCCUGGAGGGAGACUGUCGGGAGCUGAGGAGCAGCCUGCAGGAGCUGGAGCUGGCCAAUCAGACACUGAAGGACGAGUAUGAUGCCCUGCAGAUCACCUUCUCCGCCCUGGAGGAGAAACUGAGGAAGACCACUGUGGACAACCAGGAGCUGGUGUCCCGCUGGAUGGCCGAGAAGGCUGUUGAGGCCAACCGGCUCAACGCAGAGAACGAGAAGGACACCAGGCGCAGACAAGCCAAACUGCAGAAGGAGCUGGCAGACGCCGCCAAGGAGCCGCUGCCCAUCGAACAGGAUGAGGACAUUGAUGUGCUGGCUGAUGAUGGAGGAAAGGGAGCAGGGGAGACAUCCCCAAACCGACCAAUCAGCAGAACGCCCAGCAGGAAAACAUCCCAGCAGCCUCCUGGUGGUCUGCUUGACUCCUUCUCCAGCAUCUUUGGCAGGCGUCGUUCAGCCAACUCCUUCGGCACGUCUCCUGAAACCACAGAGACUCCUUCAGGAGGGUGUGCUGAAGUUCGGGUGCCGUCCACAGCGCUGCAUGUCUUUGAAGCCCACGAUGGAGAGGUGAACACUGUUAGAUUCAGCCCCGGCUCCCGGCUCCUUGCAACCGGAGGGAUGGACCGCAGGGUGAAGUUGUGGGAGGUGGUCGCAGGUCGCUGUGAGGCUAAAGGAGCUCUGACCGGCAGCAACGCAGGGAUCACCAGCAUCGAGUUCGACGCCGCUGGCUCCUACCUCCUCGCUGCCUCCAAUGACUUCGCCAGUCGAAUCUGGACUGUGGACGACUACAGACUGAGGCACACUUUGACGGGUCACAGCGGGAAGGUGCUGUCAGCUCGCUUCCUUUUGGACAACGCCCGCAUUGUGUCUGGGAGCUACGACCGCACGCUCAAACUGUGGGACCUGCGCAGCAAAGUCUGUAUGAAGACGGUCUUUGCCGGCUCCAGCUGCAAUGACAUUGUGUGCACGGAGCAGUGUGUCAUGAGCGGCCACUUCGAUAAGAAAAUCCGAUUCUGGGACAUCAGGGCGGAGAGCAUCGUGCAGGAGAUGGAGCUGCUGGGUCGGGUCACGUCUCUGGACCUGAACCACGACCGCAGUGAGCUGCUGACCUGCUCUAGAGACGAUGUGCUGAAGAUCAUCGACCUACGCAGCAACGCCAUCCGACAGACUUUCAGUGCCCAGGGCUUCAAGUGUGGAGCUGAUUGGACCAGAGUUACCUUCAGUCCUGAUGGCAGCUAUGUGGCCGGAGGGUCAGCAGAUGGUGCUCUGUACAUCUGGAACGUACUGACAGGGAAAUUGGACCGAACUCUGGACCGAAACCACAGCUCUGCCAUCAACUCAGUGUCAUGGUCGCCGUCAGGAACGUUUGUCGCCAGCGUGGAGAAGAGCAGCAGAGCCAUCCUGUGGUCUGACAUAUGAUUGGCUGGAGCUCAGGGGGUGGAGCCAUCAUGGUCAGUUGCUGGUGGACUCGUAUUCAUCACUGCAUGUGAUGAAGCUGCUGUGGACCUUUUAAUGAUGUUCAGUCGUUUCAACUGACAGAAGAAGAGCUGGCUCUGGCUCCACCUGCUGGUUAAUGGUUGUAUGGACAGCUACUAGCUGAGUGUGAUGAAGUCUGAGGAAGAGGAGAGGACUGGUUGGUUUGAAAUGGGAAGUUCUUCACACUGAAAGAUGAAGAUUAAAGACUCUGAGAGUGA